CUUUAUGUUAUGUAAUGGUAAAACACUUAAACACCAGAGGCUAUAAAAUGUAAGAUAUGUCAGGUUAUACAGACUAUGGACAUCUCUUUUAAAAGCACUUUUAAGUGGUUGUGUGUGCAGAGUGUGUAAAACCACAUGUUAACACAUUGCUCAGCUGUUCUGAUUACACGUGCAAUUUUACACAUGCUUUUUUACUGGUUACUUAUUGGCAUAAGUUUGUUUUUAUUGUUGUUUUUUGUUUUUGUGGCAUUAAAGCACUCUGAGGUUUAUAUUGCAGUGCUGCAACAUAGUUUUUUUAAUUUACAAAUAAAAGACAGAACAUAGAUGCAUAGCAAUGUAAUUUCCUCCAAACUGUAGUGGGAGCCAAUCGAGUCAUUGCUAUUGCAGCCAACAUGAAACUAGUUCUGCAUCUGCAAAACCCCUACCCCAGUUUACCUAUACAGAGGAAGUGUAACAAACCUAUACACUAAGAAAAAAAAAAAAAAAACUAUAAUAGAUCAUGCUUUUUUGACUGAUCUCACAUGAUAAGAUCUUAUCUCAACUUCCCAUCUUUGCUCGGAAGGUCAGGGGGCAACAUCAGUAACCACAUUUUUAGAGCAUCCACUGUUUCUCUGAUUAUGAAUUCUACAGCUGCGUUGUUGAGGACUACUGCACAGCAUCCAUGGACUGAGACGAUAUCUUACAGUAUCACUAAUCUAAAUGAGCUUGCAUCAUCCAGUGUGGAUUCACUGGUUUCGGAUGAGUCACAGAAUUAUGACUAUUCUGAGUACUACGGUAAUGAUUUGGAUCCAUCUGUAUUGCCCUGUGUUUAUGGAAUUCACGGAGCUAGUAUCCUCCCUGUGUUAUAUUCCCUGUUUUUCAUCGUGGGCUUUCUGGGUAACAUACUGGUGAUCUGGGUGGUCUUGAUGGGUGUGAAGCUGAGAAGCAUGACUGACAUCUGUCUUCUGAACCUGGCUAUAGCUGACCUGCUCUUGGUCUGCUCCCUCCCCUUCCUAGCACACAGUGCCAGAGACCAGUGGACCUUUGGAGAUGUUAUGUGCACUAUGGUUUUCAGUGUCUACCACAUUGGAUUCUAUAGUGGAAUAUUCUUCAUUGUUCUGAUGAGUGUUGAUCGAUACUUAGCUGUAGUUCAUGCUGUGUUUGCUUUGAGAGUCAGAACAAGGACAUAUGGGAUCUUAGCUAGUGUGAUCAUAUGGAUCAUUGCAGUUUCAGCAUCCUUUCCAGAGCUGUUAAAUCUCAAAACCACACAGAUGAAAAAUUCAACUUAUUGUACAUAUUAUCCAACAAAUAAUAUAGAUGCUAGUCAUUAUUCGAUAAUUAUUGGCAUCUUUAAAAAAAAUGUCUUGGGUUUAAUUCUUCCACUUAUUGUGAUUGGAUUUUGUUACUCAAUGAUUCUGAUGAGACUCAUGACAGCUCGUACUUCCAGGAGGCAGGCCAUGCGUCUUGUCAUCGCGGUAAUGGUGGUCUUCUUCUGCUGUUGGGCUCCAUACAAUAUUGCAGCUUUUGUGAGAGCCUUAGAGCUGAGUGAACACAUAAAGCCAGCUUGUGAGGGCAGUAAGGCAAUCAUUCUAAGCCUGCAGAUCACAGAAGCUUUGGCUUACUCACACAGCUGUGUGAAUCCCUUUCUUUAUGUGUUUGUGGGAGAGAAAUUUAGGAGGCAACUUUUCAGACUCCUGUACAGGACACCCUUCAGUAGAGUGAAGUUCUUGAAGAUCUACAUUAUACCAGCCACAGGAUCUGUUUACUCACAGACCACUAGUGUGGAUGAGAAAUCAGCUACAGCUAUUUGAGUAAAAGAAUAAUUGGAAUAGGGAAUAAAAAUAAAACAAAAUACAGAAGUAAACAAGUAAAUCAAUCAAUCGAUCGAUCAAUUAAUAAAUAAUGGAUUUACUUUAGAUGAGGCAAGUUUAUAGAUGGGCAGUUUGAAUGGAAAUUUUAUCAGAAAGCUGUAAAUAGAUGAGGGCAAGUUUUGAACAUUGGACUGUUCACGUUAAAAACAAAGAUCAUACAAUGUCAUUUACAAGCAUCAUAGUGUUGUUUGUGCACAUAUCUGUAAAUGUUUAUAUCUGUUUUUCAUAUGAUCUUUACAUUUUUGGUUGUUUUCUGACUAAAUAUAUGUACUUUGUUUUUUACAUGUGCAUACACAUAUAUAUGUAUUUUACUGUUACUAAUGUUUUUGUUUGCUAAAACUGUAUGAAUGAUCUUUUGUAAUAAUACAGCUUCAAUAAAAAUGUAUGUAAGUUUG